AUGUCAGUUGAAAACUCAUUAGAAUCGAUCCCAACGAUCUUGGAGCAAUCAUUGAUCCCACAGUAUUCCAAUCAAGCAGAAAAGACCCUCAAAUCAAUCGAAAAUGAACCGGGUUUCUCCAUCAACUUACUACAUAUCAUUGCAUCGACAAAUCUUUCCAAUUCAGUUCGAUUAGCAGCAGCAUUAUAUUUUAAGAACUUAGUGAAGAGAAAAUGGAUUACUGAAGAUGGAACCAACUAUCUUCUACCAUUGGAAGAUGUCACCAAAAUUAAAUUUGAAAUUAUUGAUGUUAUGAUUCACUUACCAAAUCAAUUACAAAUUCAAAUUGGUGAAGCAAUUACAUUAAUUGCUGAGUGUGAUUUCCCUCAUAAUUGGCCAAAUUUGAUUGAUACUUUGGUUUCCAAAUUAUCUUUAACUGAUUUUGUCAAUAACAAAGCAAUCUUGUUAGUUUCACAUUCAAUUUUCAAAAAAUGGCGACCACUUUUCCGUUCAGAUGAAUUAUUUUUAGAGAUUAAAUUAGUUUUGGAGAAAUUUGUUGAACCAUUUUUGAAACUAUUUAUUGAAUUGGAUCAUUUGAUUGAUAAGCUGAAGGAUAAUGAAGCUCAAUUGGGGAUUUAUUUUGAAAAUUUAUUGUUAUUGAUGCAAAUUUAUUAUGAUUUUAAUUGUCAAGAUAUUCCUGAGUUUUUUGAAGAUCAUAUGAAUGAAUUGAUGAAUAUUGUUCAUAAAUACUUGGUUUAUGAUAACCCUUUACUAUUGAAAAAGGAUGAAGAUGAGGAAGUUGAUGUAUUGAUUAAAGUCAAGACAUCAAUUAUUGAGUUGUUGUCAUUGUAUGUAACAAGAUAUGCUGAUGUUUUUGAACCAUUGAUUCAAACUUUUAUUACAUCGGUUUGGGAUUUGAUCAACAAUUUUGUCACCAAACAACCUAAAUUCGAUUUAUUGGUGGUUAAGGCUUUACACUUUUUAUCAUCAAUUAUCAAAAUUCCCACCUACCAAUCACUUUUCCAAAGUGAACAAUCGGUGAAUGAAAUUAUUGAAAAGAUUAUAUUACCUAAUAUCAUGUUGAGAGAGAAUGAUGAGGAAACAUUUGAAGAUGAACCUAUCUUAUAUGUGAGGUCUGAUUUGGAAGGAUCCGAUUUCGAUUCAAGAAGGAAAAGUGCUACUGAUUUCUUGAGAGAAUUGAAAGAAUUGAAUAGCGAAUUGCUAACUACAACCGUUAUGAAGUAUGUUAAUCAAUUUUUAAGCUUUGCUACAAAUGAUUGGAAAAACAAAGAUACCGCUAUUUAUCUAUUCAGUUCACUAGCGACGAAGGGAAGUGUAACCAAUGUUGGAGUCACCUCAACCAACGUACUUGUUGAUGUGGUUGACUUUUUCUCCAAAAAUAUUGCUCAUGAUUUAGAAUCGAACGAAGUGCAUCCAAUCUUACAAGUCGAUGCUAUUAAAUACAUCUUCACAUUUAGAAAUCAGCUCACCAAAGAACAACUUUUAAUCACUAUUCCUAGAUUAAUCAGUCACCUUGAAGUUAAUUCCAAUGUUGUUGUAUACACAUAUUCAGCAAUCACAAUUGAAAAAUUACUUUCAAUGACCAAUUUCAGUCAAGGUCAUCAACCAGUUUUCAACAAAAAUGAUAUUGAACCAUUUGUUACGCCAUUGUUGACUAAAUUGUUUAACUUGAUUCUUAUGAAUAGUGUUAGCUCGCCAGAGAAAUUGGCUGAAAACGAAUUUCUCAUGAAGUGUAUUAUGAGAGUAUUGAACACUUGUGAAGAUCUGUUUACCGAAAGAGUUCCCAUCAUUGACCAAUUAUUGCAGAUUCUUAAAAUCACCGCCAAAAAUCCAUCCAAUCCUAAAUUUUCUCAUUAUACAUUUGAAUCAUUGGCAUUACUUUUUAAAUAUGGGGCUCAACAAGAUUCGAAAAAUAUUAAUCAAUAUAUUGAACAUGCUAUUCCUGGUUUACUUAAUAUUCUUUCUGAAGAUGUUCAAGAAUAUGUUCCAUAUACAUUCCAAAUCUUGGCUUAUUUAUUGGAGAACUACCCCAAAUCGGGUGGAUUACCAGAAACUUAUAAAUCAUUAAUUCAACCAUUGAUGUCACCUUCAGUAUGGCAAUUCAAGGGAAACAUCCCAGGAAUCACAAGGUUACUAAUUUCAAUUUUGGAACAUGAUCCAACAUUUUUCGUCGAAGCCAACCAUUUAACUCCAUUAUUGGGAGUUUUUCAAAACUUAUUAGCUAGUAAAGCCAAUGAUACAUAUGGAUUUGAUUUGAUUCAAAGUAUAUUGUUUAAUGUCCCAUUGACUUCAUUACAACCAUAUUUAAGCAACAUUGCUCGUUUGAUCCUUACUAGGUUGCAAAAAUCACGUACUGAUAAAUUUGUUAAACGAUUUGUCGUGUUUUUGAAUGUUGUGACAACUGUCAAUUUAAGUGAUGUGAAAUAUACAAAUAGUGAUGCGAUAUCGGGAGGUGACUUUAUCAUACAAUUGAUUGAUUCAGUACAACUGGGAUUAUUUGGACAAAUUUAUUCAUCGUUUAUGUUGUCCACAUCAUCAGUAUUGGCUAAUUUACAAGAUAAGAAAAUUGUCAAUAUUGGUAUUAGUGUCUUGUUGACGAAUCCUAAUUUCCAAUCACAUUAUAGUAAUUUAGUUGUUGAUACCAUUGAAAGAUUGAUUGAGAAUUUAAAUUCCUACGAAGGUAUAGCUAAGGGAAACACUAGUGCCGUGAGCAAUGGAGCCAACAUUGCAGUUGGUUCUGUGUCUACUGGCGGAUUGAAUGAAUUAGAUUCAGACUUAUCUACAUUUGGAUCUCAUUAUUCUAAAUUGGCAGCAAUUGCCAAUUCACCAUUUGAUCCAUUAUCUUCACAAAUCAAAAAUAAUGAUUUUGAAUUAAUUAAAUCAACUAUAUUGGCAAAUAUUAAAAAAGUUGAUGGAUCAAUUUUGAAUCAAUUGAAUGGAGAUACUCAAACAUUGUUACAAAAAAUGGCAUACUAG